AUGCUCAGCUACUAUUUUGGAUUCAUUCCUGUAACCAGCAAAAGGCUGCGAACAGUACUCUGUGUCUGGACACCAACAUUAACAUUUCAUUUUACGGGAGAUAUGAAGUCGUGUAUUAUUGUUCUAACCCUUUUGAUUAAUAUGCACCUUGGCAGUGCAUGGAGAGCACAGUACGCAGUGGACUGCCCUGAACGUUGUGAUAGCCAUGACUGCAAAAGCACUACACGCUGCAAGAGGACCGUGCUGGAUGACUGUGGCUGCUGCAGAGUCUGUGCCGCAGGUGUUGGCGAAACCUGUUACCGUACAGUUUCUGGCAUGGAUGGAGUUAAAUGCGGGCCUGGUUUAAAGUGCCAGUUCUUUACAGAAGAAGAUGACUUUGGUGAUGAAUUUGGAAUUUGCAAAG